UCAUGCAGGAAAUGAGCGUCCGCCUCCAGUGACGCUUGCCCGGCGAUCCCGGAAGUGUCUCGUCCUGUUUACAUUCUGCUCUUUGUUCGCUGCAAAAUGUCGAAAAAGCGGUCCGAGAGCCGCAGGCUGAAGGCCACCAUCGAGCAGCGGAUGGCGGCGGCCGCUCAGGAGAUCUUCCGGCUGCUGCAUGAACGCAGCCGAGCCGAGCUGCCGGAGCUACGGGAGCUGCUGGUGGAGCGGCUGUCGGCGGCCAUCGAGCUCAUCCUCAACGCGUUCGAAGCGAGCAGAGCGGCCGAGAGAGGCGCGGAAGAUCCCGGUGGGGAGCGCAAAGAGUUGUGUUUGUCAGUUGGCGUCACGAGUCUCUCUGACAAGAAACGUCUGAAGCCAAGCAACUCGAUAGACAACCAACUGAAGGAGACUCUGCCUGGCACAUCCUCCAGACCACAGACCAUCUCUGAACUGGAUCGCCAGCUGGCCUCUCCAGAUGAUCCAACAGGAGACGAAGAACAAUGUGAGAACGACAAGCAGUUGGUGUCUCACCUUUGCAGAGUGUGUGGGAAGUCCUUUGACAGGAAAGGCUUUCUGAUGAAGCACGUGGAGAAGCACUUGAAAGAGGCCGACUGUCUGUGUGGUCUGUGUGGUGAGCGUUUUGAGUCCAGUGAUGGCCUAAUGCUGCAUCUCCAGAUGCACCGUGACAGCACCAAGACAUGCGAUGUCUGCGGCAAGAAGUUUCCCUCAAUCCGAGCUCAGGAGAUGCACAUGAGGAUGCACACUGGAGAGAAACCUUUUAGCUGCGUUGUCUGCGGGAAAGGCUUCAAUCAGAAGGGCAACAUGGUAACCCACAUGAGAAUCCACACGGCAGAGAAGCCAUUCACCUGCAACAUCUGCCACAAAGAGUUCAGUCAAGGCAGCUCGCUUGAACGACACAUGAAAGCUCACGACGGACAGACACCACUCAGCUGCAGCUUUUGCGGAAAAGAAUUUGCAAAGAGUGCUGAGCUGAGGCGACAUAUCCGGUGCCAUGGAUCAGAUGAGCAAACGACCAUCAGUAGCCGGCACAGAAAACCCAGCCUGACCCCUUCUCACUGCUGCAAGGUCUGCAGCAAUGAGUUUCACAACAAAGGAAACUUUGUGAGGCAUGCAGAGACACAUCUAAACCACCCUGAUUGUCUCUGUGGCAUCUGUGGAGAGCGUGCAGAGUCCUCUGAGAGUUUGCAGCUGCACAUCCAGAGUCACAGAGAAACAAGCCGGAUCUGCGACAUUUGUGGCAUAAGCUUCAGAGACAUGGAGAUCCACAUGAGGACACACACGGGCCAGAAACCAUUCAGGUGCAAAGACUGCGGGAAGGACUUCCCCAGAAAGGGAUCGCUGGAAAGGCACAUGAAGCUGCAUGCUGGUGAGCGGCCGUUCAUCUGCGAGUUCUGUGGGAAGACUUUCAUAGAAAACACAGUCCUAAAGAGGCACAUCAAGAGCCACAUGGGAGGGAAACCACGAAUAUACUCCUGUGAGGUCUGCGGCAAGAAGUUCACCAUGAGCCAACACCUGGAUGUUCACAAGAGGAUCCACACUGGGGAGAAGCCAUACACCUGUAGGGUGUGCGGGAAGAACUUCAGGCAGAUCGGAAACCUGGACUCUCACAUGAGGAUCCACACGGGUGAGAAGCCAUUUAUCUGUAGCCUCUGUGGGAAGAGGUUUCGCCAGAAAAUCUCACUGGAGACACACGAGAGGUUCCACAAGAAGGAGAAACCCUACAGCUGCCAGCUCUGCAAUAAGGGCUUCGUACAGAAGAUCGACCUGAAGAGACACAUGCUAACGCACACAGGGGAAAAACCCUACAGCUGCCAGGAGUGUGGGAAGAGGUACCAGGAGAAACGCUCAGUGGAGUCACACAUGAAGGUCCACAGGGGAGAGCAGCCUGUCAAAGACUGUCAAAGACAGGAAGUUCAGCCUGACUUCAUCCAGCUGUGAGCUGCAGACACAGCUCCUGUUAAGUCCUCAGUUUGAGAAGCUGUUGCUUCAUGAACAUGUUGAAGUAUAUUUAUGUUCCCAUAUCUUCAGAGAUGAUAUAGACAGAGUGUCAGCUGGACAGAAUUGAAAUUACCAUAAAGAUCUGAGCUUCCUGCCAGACAGUGUGGCUGCUUUUAUGCAGAAAUAUUUGAGUUUUUUUUAAAUUAAAACUACAACAGUCAAGAUUCCAGUCUAUCACUUUUAAAUCAGCUGAAUGAAAUGUGUAAAACUCAGGACAAGGAAGCUUCACAAGAGACAGCCCGCCUAAAAGAAGUAUCCUUCAGGGGGCGGCACUUUCUGAUAGUCUAGGAACAGCAAGGGUGGAGGCUCAAAACCUUUGAGCUAAAACUUUGAAACAUGCAUUAAGAAAUUAGUUAACAAUCGGUAAUUUUUUACAAAUGACGUAUUCUGGGAGCUCCACAGAUAGAAAUAGUUUCUAGUUUUCAGUGUUUUUAACAACUGAGUUUUUCUCAUAUUAUUUCUUGGUGUUUAUGGAGCAACAUAUUAAACAUAUAAGGAUGCUGGUAAACAGGUUGAUUGUCCACAGCUACAAAUCUUAAAAAUGAAAUAAAAAAAGUCUAUUUUGGAUUUUAGGUUGUGUUUAAGUUUCAAGUGAAUACAGUACAUAAAUUAGGGCUGCCACGAUUAGUCGACUAGUCAUGAUUACGUUGACUAUCAAAAUUGUCGAUGACUAAUUUAAUAGUCGACGCAUCGUUUGAAGCUUUGUAAGAUCCCAAAAGACGCGGGAAUAAGUAGUAGGAUUUAAGAGUGUAAUAACGGACUGAAACAGA